GAUCUGCUUCAAAACACAGAUGCCCACAAAAGAGCCUUCCAUGAAAUCUACCGGACCCGGUCGGUCAACGGCAUCCCAGUGCCACCUGACCAGUUAGAGGACAUGGCCGAGAGGUUUCAUUUCGUUUCCUCCACAUCAGAACUGCACUUAAUGAAAAUGGAAUUUCUAGAAUUAAAGUACCGUCUGCUCUCACUGCUGGUUCUUGCAGAGUCGAAGCUGAAGUCUUGGAUCAUCAAAUACGGGAGGAGAGACUCGGUGGAGCUGCUGCUGCAGAACUACAUCACUUUUAUAGAAAAUAGCAAGUUCUUUGAACAAUAUGAAGUGACAUACCAGAUCUUGAAACAGACAGCAGAGAUGUACGUCAAAGCUGAUGGUUCAG